CCGUCCAAUCAUAAUAGAUCGCCAUUUUGGAUAAAACAGCUCCAGAGAGAUAGACUUAAAGCUGAGAAUCCACCGCCAUCCUCCAUAAUUUCUGACGCUUUUUCAUAAGGCGUCAUGAGUGGGGGGAUUCCAUAUCUCGGCAGUAAAAUAAGCCUCAUUUCGAAGGCAGGAAUUCGUUAUGAGGGCAUUUUGUACACUAUUGAUCCCAAUGAGUCGACAGUUGCAUUAGCGAAAGUGAGAUCAUUUGGAAAAGGUUUUGAGAUUUUUGAGUAUAUCAUAUUUAGAGGCAGUGACAUCAAAGAUCUUCAUGUCUGUGAGCCUCCUAAAGCACAGCCCUUGCAAGCUUCUAUGCCACCUCAAGAUCCUGCCAUAGUUAAGUCCUCCCAGCCAACCUCGUCAGGGUUUCAACAGCAAAGUGGUGGCGGUGGUGGUUUUGGUGGGUCCAGCUACCAGCCAUUUGGUGGUCCCCAGUUAUAUAGUCAGUAUGGUCAGGCCCCCGGAACGGCUCCCCAGCCUUUUGGAGCUAUCCCAAAUCAGUCAGGUUCACGAGGUCCAUCUCCCAGUUUUAACCGCGCUUCUCCUACGGUGGAUCAGAGUAUUCAAGUGGGUUCUCAACAAGCUAUACGACGCCCUGAAAAGCAUGAGUUGGAAGACCAUGACAGUUUUGGUCUUGACUUAGAAGGAUCAAGAGGUCCAACUCCUCCCAGUGUUCAGUCCAGUCGCAAAUCUCCAACCCUUGAUCAGGGCACUCAGAUGAGUCCAGAGAAAUCACAGAAAAAUUCACACCAGCACAGUUCACAAAAUGCACAGAGCAGCAGUCAACAUCAAAUGGGUGAUAGGUCACGGAAACACCAACAACAAAGGCCUCAGUCCUCUAACACAUACUCCAGGGGAGGAAGGGGAGGAUUCGAGAGGGGUGGACCUAGGGGUGGAAGAGGUGGAGCACCUCCAGAUAAGCAUGCAUAUUUUGGAGGACCACCAAGGGGAAAUGCUUCACAGAGAGGACCCAACAGGGGUUUCCAAAGGGGACAGUCCUCACGGGGCAGGUAUCAGUCAAACAGGAAAGUGGAAUCUCCUCUCAAAUUUGAGGGCGAGUUUGACUUUGAGGAGGCAAAUGCUCAGUUUGAUAAGGAUGAGAUUGAGAGGGAAUUAAAGGAGAAAUUAACAAUAGGUGAUAAGAAGGAGGAGAAGUCAGUCAAUGGGGACAAGGAAGACAGUGUGGAGAAUGGAGAGGAUGAGGUCCCGGAGGAAGAGGAUGAGAUGUAUUACGAUAAGAACAAAUCUUUCUUUGACAACAUUAGUUGUGAAGCUACAGAGCGUGCCAAAGGGAAGUCAACCCGCCCAAGCUGGAGAGAAGAACGCAAGUUAAAUGUUGAGACAUUUGGUAUGUCAGAUAAUCCUCGUCGUAACUUUAGAGGAAGAGGAAGGGGAUAUUAUGGAGGAGGGUUCCGAGGGAACAGAGGAGGCGGUGGGGGGUUCAGAAACGACGGAUAUCGGUCUGAUAACUACCGAGGCAAUUACAACCGAGGAUUCCGAGGAGGCUUUCGACCACCACCUGGUAGGGGCGGUUCUGGUGGUGGUGGCGGCGGCGGUGGACGAAAUCAAGGCUGGGUGGACUACGAUUAUGAUUACGAAGCAGCGGGUAUAGAGAGAAGAGGAAACAGUUACAGAAAAGCAGCAGCACAGUCAUAGACAAAAGUGAAGAUUUAAGUAGAGUGUGAAAAGUAGGGGUCACAAGAAGGCAGCUGACAACAGAGACAUUGGAGAAGGACAGACUUAUGGAAGACCGUGUUUUCAUGUACUGUCAAUUUUGUGAAUUUUCAAAGAGAAUCCCCCAUUUGAAAACUUUGUGAUAUUUUUUUCUGGAUUUUCUUUUUUUUUCUUCUUCAAAAUUUGUAACUAUUGUCACCUGAAGAAGCAAUUUAGUAAGAGUGGCAAACAGUUGCAAUCUGUGGACUUAGUGCUAGCUAACCAAAUGGCGCUAUAAGAUGUGUCACGCUUUCAGAAAAAAAAAACAUAAUGGAAAGUAUGCAACAGUUGUUAGUGUGGUUAAUGGAAAUGAUUGCAUUGUUAGGAAACUUGCUUGGGGUUUAAACUAUUUUUAGGAGGGUUGGUACAUGUAUUGCUGGUGGUCUUGUUACCAAGUACUCUAAAAAUCCAUUUUCUAUUUUGAAAGAUUGAUGUUUUAAAUCUAUCACUUCUCAAACAUCUAACAACAUCCCAUACAGGGUCAUGUCAGAUCUACCUUUCAAAUGGUCAGUGAAAUCAUACUGUGCCAUCGGCUCAUACAUCCACCUCAGUUGUUAGCUUGCGUUUAUCACAGUGAUGCACAUACAAAAAGGCGUGUUUAAUUUAUUAUAAUCAAAUACCUGCAGUAAUGUUUUUCCUUUAAGGUUGAUAUAUAUCUAAAAUUACUAUUUAAAUUUGAAAUAUUGUGUUUUUUACUUGAUGUCAAAAAUCUUGACAUGAGCCCAUUGCAGAUUUGUCAAGGAGUUUAACAAACAGCAACUCUGCAUGGGAGAUAGUGAAUUUACCACCAAAGAAAUAUUGGUUAUUAAAUAAAAUACAGUGUCUUUUUCAUAGCCAAAUGCCUGAAUAUUUGCAUGAAACAAAAUCAUGACAAAGGCUGUAAUAUGUAUGAAUGUUCAUGAUUUGUUUAUUCAGGAAAGAAUUGUAGAUGGGUGGAGUAUACAUGAAAUUUUUGCAACUAUUAUUAACUUGAAUCAGUAUAAGAAUUGUGAUGAUUAGAAUGUGGAUAGAAGGUUGUAACUGAUUGGCCAUAGUAUUCAAUUUUUUUUUUCUCAUACUUGUAAGGUUGCUCUGACAUAGCCCAGAAUGAGAUGUUGUUUGAUGUUUAGGAAGGUGGAUCAGAACAUUUAAAUUUUAUGUAGAUUUAUUUUCAUUAUCAAGGCAGAACUAAAUGCAUGGUCUAUAUAUCAACAGAGACAAGAAAAUUUAUAAAUUUGUUAGUUUUGAAAAGAAAGAGAUUAAUGCUACCAAUUUUAUGUUCACAAACUGGAGUAAGAAUUUGUAACUUUGUUAAGUUCUACUAAGAUUAUCUAUUGUAUGCAUUUCACUGCAAAGAUGAGAUUGGACAGUGUGAAUGGUAAUUAAAUGCCUCAAUUAUUUCUUGAUAAAAAAGAGUAUUUGUUGUAAACUAUGAAGGAUAAGUAGAUUAUAAUAAUACCCUUGUUUCUUAACUGAUAUAAUAGAUCAUUAUCAAUGUUGCAAUAGUGCUUAUCUGAUCUCUAAAGAAACCACACAGCAUUUGCUUGGGUUAAAUGGUGAAAAAUUAGAGUUGAUAAAUUUUCAGUGGUUGUACUGUACAGUCUUUUGCUUUCUAAAUUGCAAUUAAAUAGGCAGGGACUAUAAAUCUUUUUUUUGAUGUUCUCUUUUUAAGACAUGAAUAGUAUUUUUUCCUUUUCCAUAUUUAUCAACUGCUUUAUAUUAUUAUUGAAUCAAACUGUGUCAGUACUGGUAUUUAAGUCUUCAUGUUAGCUAAAACCACAAAAUGUUGACAGAUUUAAUUUGUUUUUGCACCAAUAUCUGACGUAACCAUGAUGUAAGGACCUAGAAAGUCCCCUUUUGAUUCUCCAAACAAUUCACUUCUGACAGUGAAAUCCAUUCUUUAUAAUUAAUGAAUCUGCAGGAUGAGAUGAAUUUGUUAGCCAUGGAAAUGAGAAUUUAAAAUAAAGAACAAAUGCAAUAUUUA